UCAACGCUGAUUGUUUUGUGUUGUAAAAUCAUUGGCUCGGGUAUUUCGUCUUUCCAUGCUCCUUACUAUUGACUAUUUGUUCCACUUCCACAAGCCUUCCUCCGCUAUAAACAUGACUAGACAUAUCAUUUGAUUUACAUAAACAAUGCUUUGGAGUUUGGAGUCAUUAGUUGGCUAUGGCUUUCACUGUGUGUAUGAGAUUUAAGAAUAGGCUGCUUCAUCUCAUGUAUGUUGUUUACCUGGUCUUGGUUGUCUGCGUUUUGGCUCAGGAGCAGGGAGAUCCUUGCGCGGGCACUGGUAUUGGGCAUGGGCUUUGUGGUCUCUAUGGAAUCUGCCGACCCACGGAGCUUUCAUACAAGUGCACCUGUCUUCCCGGUUUCCAAUUCCUGGACAAUGAUAACCAUGCAAAGGGAUGCAUUCGGAAUACAUCACAGCUGCUGUGUUCUCAGCUACACAACGGUGAUGGGGGGGGAGCAGAAAUGCAGAGGAUUGACCAGACAGAUUGGAAUGGAUGUGAAUACGAACACUUAACAUUCAUGAACGCAACUGCUUGCCAACAGGCAUGCAUCGCUGAUUGCUUUUGCACAGUGGUCAUCUACGCCAACAUCAACGGCACAGAGAAUUGUUGGAAGCGUAGAUUACCCAUAGGAUUCGGUCGUGUAAGCCUUACACGAACCACUUUUUUAAAAGUCUACACUGGAGUCUGCAUCGAUGUUCCACCAUAUCAAAGAAAGGUAGAGAAGGGGAGGGCGUUUGAAUUUAUUGGAAUAAGCCUUAUGGGUUGCUCCUUUCUCUCUAUAGCAUUCAUGGUUUUUGUUUGGUUUUAUACAUGCCGUCCCAAGCUAAGAGCCUUGCAAGAGUAUUCCAAGUUUGGUUCGGUUGGGUUGAAGGUAUUUAGAUUUCAAGAGAUAGAAGCUGCAACUACGGGAUUUAAGCAAGAAAUAGGGAGGGGCGCCUUUGGGAAGGUCUACAAGGGGGUCUUAUCUGACGGAAGAGCAAUUGCUGUGAAGAAACUUGACAACGAGGUCAUUCAAGAACAACAGAAUGGCGAAAAGGAGUUUAGAACAGAGAUGUGUAUCAUAGGUGGAAGCCAUCAUAAAAAUCUUGUUAAACUCUAUGGUUUCUGUCAUGAGGGCUCCCACAGACUUCUGGUCUACGAGUACAUGUCCAAUGGUUCUCUGGACAGAGUUUUGUUUAAAGGUACAAGAGAUCUUGAUUGGCAUCUGCGUUUUCAAAUUGCUUUGGAAACUGCAAGAGGAAUUGUCUACUUACAUGAAGAGUGCACAAAUCCUAUACUCCAUUGUGAUAUAAAGCCACAAAAUAUCCUGCUGGAUGAAAAUUACCAUGCUAAGAUCGCUGACUUUGGAAUAUCAAAAUUGAUUGGUGCAGAACAAACAAGGACAUUUACUGUUGCUCGUGGCACCAUCGGUUACAUGGCACCUGAAUGGAAAAAAACUAUUGCAGUUACUGUCAAAGUGGAUGUGUAUAGCUUUGGGGUGAUGCUUUUGGAGAUUAUCUGCUGCAGGAAAAUGUUCGAGUUGAAUGUUCCAGAAAAUGAAAUGAUUUUGGCUGAUUGGGUUUACCAUUGUUUCAAAUGUGGUAGACUUCAGAAGUUGAUUGAGAAUCAGGGAUGCAGAGGUAUGGAGGUAACCCAGCUGGAAAGAAUGGUGUUAGUGGGGCUUUGGUGUAUUCAAGAAGAUUACUCUCUCAGACCAUCAAUGAAAAGAGUAGUUCAGAUGCUUGAAGGGACUGUUGAUAUUAUGGUACCCCCUGAUCCCGGAUCAUCUCAUUCAUGAAAACAAAAAGCUUCAGUCUAAUUUUCUGUUUGUGGUUGAACUCUGGUUUGUUUUAAUCACUUGUUUAAUCUCAGACAUAUCUGAGAUUAUAGCAUAUGUACUAGCUAGUUUGGACAAAUAUGUAAUUAUAAAAUAUCAGUGGUUUGAGCAAUGAUUCUAGUAUAUUAAUCUUAAAUUAUAUCU